GAGUAGAACAGCGCGAGGAAGAGCUAAGGGAAUACCUCCCUCUUCCGACUGGAGAAACGAGAAGAAGAAAAAAAACUGUGACUUGUUUCAGGGGACGCGGCGGAACGAUAAUUGGAUUCGUUUGGAGUAACACAGUCGAGCGCACCCAAAACUCGAGGAAGAGAGAGGGAUAGAGAGAGAGAGUGCAGAAUAUUUCCCCUCUUGGCGAUGCGUUACAAAUCUGUUCCUGACGCAUUCUUUAUCAGCUAGUCGAAGUUGUUUCCACCCUCGUCUUUAGUCUUCAAGAUAAAAGCGUUGGGGAUAAACCUUGAAAACAUGACGUGGGGCACAGAUUUGUGGGACCAGUAUGAUAACAUUGACAAACACACACUAUCAGGCUUGGACCUGAUGGAGCGCUAUGUGAAGUUUGUCAAAGAGAGAACUGAGAUUGAGCAAAGCUAUGCAAAACAACUCAGGUCUUUGACUAAGAAGUACCGGCGAGGUACUAAAGAUGAAGCAGAGUUCAAGUACACCAAUCACCAGGCAUUUCAGGACAUCCUGACGGAGCUGAACGACUACGCCGGGCAGAGGGAGGUGGUGGCGGAGAACAUGACCGUUAACAUCUGUGCCGAGCUCACCAAGAUCCUCCAUGAGCUCAAGCAAGAGAGGAAGAGUCACCUGUCUGACGCCAAGAAAGCCCAGCAGAACCUGGAGAGCACAUUUAAACAGCUGGAGAGUAGUAAGAAGCGCUUUGAAAAGGAGCAAAAGGAAGCUGAAAAGGCCGGCCAGCAGGCUGAGAAAGCAGAGCAGGACAGCAACUCCACCAAAUUAGACGUGGAUAAGGCCAAGCAACAUGCACACAUGCGCACACACGCUGCGGAUGAGUGUAAGAAUGACUACGCUGCCCAGCUUCAGAAAUACAACAAGGAGCAGAACCAGUUCUACUACACCGAGAUCCCCAACAUAUUCAAUAAUUUGCAAGACAUGGACGAGAGGCGCAUUAGGAAGCUGUCGGAGGCCUACGCUCGCUUUGCAGACACUGAGAAACAGGUUAUGCCAAUCAUCACCAAAUGUCUCGAUGGCAUCAACAUGGCCAGCAGCAGGACCAAUGAGAAGCAGGACUCGCAGCUGUUCGUCGACCAGCACAAGUCUGGUCUGGUGCCCCCCGCGGAGGUGGAGUUUGAGGACUACAGCCAGGGCAUCAAGGCCGCCAGCUCAGACAACACACUCAACAUGCCCAAAGUCCGCAUCAAGGACUUCUUCAACAAGAGGAAGCACAAGAACUCUAGAGAAGACAAGUCGACGCCCCCUCCAGCGGAGGACUUCUCUCACCUGCCCCCGGAGCAGAGGAAGAAGCGUCUGCAGCAGAAGGUGGACGACAUCAGCAAAGACCUCCAGAAGGAGAUCGACCAGAGUGAGGCCCUUGAGAAGAUGCGGGGUGUGUAUGAGCAGAACUCGGCGCUGGGCGACCCCUCCAGCCUGGAGCCACAGAUUCAGCAGACGUCCCAGAACGUGGGCAGGCUGAGGGGAGAGCUGGCCAAAUACGAGACCUGGCUGAACGAGGCAGGUGGAGUGUUGGAGAGUAUCAACUCCCAGAUCAACAACAACUUCAACAGUUCCGCUGGUGGCACUGUCAUUGCUGGCCCCACUCUGCAAGACCCUGGGGUGUACGAGGACGGUUUCUAUGAGGAGUUUGAUGACGACGAGCCUGAGGUGCCUUUGGGCCAGUGCUCUGCCCUGUACCACUUUGAUGGCACCAGCGACGGCACCAUCUGCAUGCAGGAGGGCGAGCAGCUCAGCGUGAUGGAGUCGGACCAGGGCGACGGCUGGAUGCGCGUGAGGCGCGUCAACGGAGACGAGGGCUACGUGCCCUCGUCCUACAUCAACAUGAACUGAGGAGGGAGGGAGGGAGGGAGGGGAACGGGGCCGCACAGCUCCCUGGAGCUUCCUGGCUAACGCAAAUGUUAAUGCUAAUGCUAAUGCUAGCGUCUUGGCUCUCGCCUUUGUCUGUUCAGAGGCCCCUGUAGGACUGCCAGAUUAGCAUGCAUGCUAGCGCUAGCAUCUCCUCUCGUUCAAAACAUCAUAUUAGGUUUUUAGAUAUCGGACACUGGGCUAGCAAGGAUUAGUAUAAUACUAACAUUUCCCUUAUGAAAAAUCGUUUUUACAUGGGAUGGGCAAAAAAAUAAAACAAAACAAAACAAAAAAAAAAACACUAUAGACCUACCAUGACUAAUGCAAACCAUUUCCAUUCAUUAAAAUUGGGAUCUCGCGAAGAUCCUGAAAUUGAACUAGAUCAGUCCUGUAACGUGGAAUCCAUCCAGCUUGAGGCUCCAUCGAAAAUACACGUAGUAUUGUGCCAACACGCCUACAAUUCAUUCAUACUGCUUACCUCAAGUUAAGGGACAGUUGGCUGAUAACAUGACUUAAGAUAUUCCAAACAUGCUACUUCACUGUGCGAAACUGUCUUCUACCUGACUACAAGUUGUAUAACUGCCAUUAGCUUUAAAGUUAGCUUUACCUUCUUCACUUUCGGGAUGCUGCUGAACUCCUGUAGCCUGCCAAAAGACCUACAAUGUUACCUACAUUAUAUUGUGGUUAUCCAGAUCACUGGUGUGUUGCAUUCCAGGCAACUCAGAAGUCAGAUAGUUUUCAUUUCCAACAAAUAAAACAAAAAUAGUGUAAAAUUCCAACCUCCUUUCUGAAAAAAAAAAGUACAAUGGAACACCACUCGAAGUCGGAGUUCCUACUUCUGAACUCGGGGGAAGGUGAUCUACCCCAACUUAGAUGUCGAAACUAAAGCCUGAUCUCUGACUUCCGAGUUGUGUGGAUUCUGGGCAUUGUGCUCACUCCUCCAAAAUGUUGUAAUUCAAAUACACGUUUUCCGGAAAUUAACACGACUUUCCACAAUCUCUCCAUUUCUACUUUCCAUGAUGUUCACGCCGAAAAAAAUGUUCAAUUUCAAAUCAUCGACUAGCCGUCUACAUAUUUGUAUGUACAUACACAGAACACCAGACUGUGUAUUCGCCAGGGAGCACCCUUUAGAUCUAACCAGCUUACACGAUUCAUCUUGACAUCAUUAUGGGGACCAAGCACUCAGUGUUUGCCCCAACCCUUUAGAACGCAAGCCUUAUCUGUAAUUCCACCUCUUUGGGCUUCUUUUAGAAGCGCUUUAAUACCUACGUGUUCUACCAGGCCCCUGAUCUCUACCAGGGAGGCUACACUGGGCUAGUAACUGAAGCGUUCCCGUUAGUGGAACAUCUGCCGCCACAAUUAAGCUACCACAAUAAUCAACGGAACUGGCGACACCAGACAAGAUGGAUGCCAUUUUUUUACAAACGUAUGGGCCGCUAUCUUCUCAACCUAUUUUUACACUCCACAAAUGGAGUGCUUCAUUUGCGGAGCUUACAGGUCUGUGAUUGAAGCGAGCUUUGGUAUCUUGAAAGGCGCUAGGUCUAGGUCAUUAUUGCUCAUCUCAGCUUUUGGUUGUGUACCCCCAUAAGGGUUACUGCUCCAUUCUAAGCGUUAAUCAACUGGAAAUGCAUGCACUGUAUAUUUGGUUUUAAUAGUCUACAUUCGGUUUUCUUUACCUAACAUUAAUUUCCAUGGACAUCACUGUCAAUAAGUCAGAUUCAGGUUCAUGGCUUCAUAUGUUAAUGAUUGGAUAAUGUUACUCUCAGGACAUUAUUCGUUAAUAAACAUAAAGACAUUCAGCGCUUACCUUCAGCACUUACGGACAUAAAAUAGCAUCAUGUGCAGUGGCGUAUGCUUAACUGGCAUUAACAUUAACUACCUUUCUUUGUAACUAAACGAAAAUGUAACGUUUUAUGUUAUGUGCAUCUAAAUCUGUUGAUAUACUCGCCUAAUAUAGAUAUUGCCGAUAUCUACAAGCUGAGGAAAGGCCUGGGUUUACCUCCUAGUAUGCCCAUUGUGACUGCCUGGGAUCUAUCAUCUCAUACAAACACUUUGAACAAAAAUAUCUCCAUGUUUAAACAAUUUCACAAUAAUCUCUUUUAAUACUCUUAAGUACUGCCUAUGUUGAAAUAUCCUACACCUCUUCUGUUAGCCGUCAUUCGAGUUAGAGGAGAUCAUGUAUGGAAAGGUUUGUCCGGUGAUGCUCUAGUUAAAUGAUGAUUCUUUGAACUUAAAGUAACUUUUAAAGUGUAACUGAUUGCUUCUUAUUAGAGUGAUUAACAUUUUUUUAAAAUGCCAUUCCAUUUUAAAUGUGUGUGUGUGCGUGCCAAGUAACAUUUUGAAUGCAAUUUCUCCAUCAUAAAAUGUGCGUGUCUGAGGUUGUGAGAGUGAGUGUUUUUAAUCCAUACUUGCGCCCUGUGAAGUUAGCUGUGCAGUGUGUGUAAAUGGCAUAUUGCUAUAGUAUUUAUAAAAUGUGUAAUAUAUAUAUAUAUCUUGCUAGACAUUUCUCUAAGCAUAUAUAUUCAUAUAACGAGCAUUCCACUCAAAGGGUCUUCCAGAAGCUACAAUCGCUGAUAUUGUUAUUACAGUAAUAGCUAAUAUAAACUGUUCUUCGUACUUAUGUGUGGGAAAGGGACUUUCGGGUUUACGCCGUUUCUUCAGUCAUUCUGGUUCAUGGUUUGAUACCUUUUUUUUCCGUAUUCCAUUUGGUGUGUUAAUUAUUUUUUGGGGGGGCUUUUGUAUGUUUUGUGGUAAAUUUUCUGUGUGUUGUUUGUUUGUGUGUGUGUGUGUGUGUGUGUGUGUUACGUGAUUUAUGUUUCUUCCUCUGUAGUGUGUGUGUGUGUGUGUGUGUGUGUGUGUGGUCUUCUUCUGUGGUUUUUGCGCUGAUGGUCUUUGAGCCAGAAGGGGGGUGCUGCCCCCUGUUGGAGGUGUCACUGUGCCUUAGAAACACUACUGUAAUGUACAUAGUGGGUCUACAGCCAAAAUGGAUGCUGUCAUUUCCCCUUGUUUUUUUUUUUAUGUAACAUAUAAACUGUCAUGGUAAAUAAAAUGUCUAAUGUUUUAUCGUG